ACUUGAUAGCCGCUCUAGACACGUGUAAAAAUACCGUCCAAUCAGCAUAAACCACGAAUCCGGAAUUAUAGUUAAGAAGUGAGCAAAACAAACCUGACGAGGGAGAAAGUUAAACUACAAAAUAAAGAACGAAAAUGUUUAAAUAUCUAGGUGUAGGACUAGCAAUAAUUUAUGUUGUAAACGCUCUUUAUGAAAAAUCAGAUGAUGUAGUAGAACUUACUGGUGGAAAUUUUGAUCAUUUGGUAAAAUAUAGCGACGAGAUAUGGCUCGUAGAGUUCUAUGCACCAUGGUGUGGCCAUUGCAAGAAUCUUGCACCAGAUUGGAAGAAAGCAGCAACGGCUUUGAAAGGCAUAGUUAAAGUUGGUGCUGUUGACAUGGAUGUUCAUGGUUCAGUUGGAGGUCCUUAUAAUGUUCGUGGGUUCCCUACUAUUAAAAUAUUUUCUGGUGACAAAUCCAAACCACAAGAUUACAAUGGUGCACGAUCUGCCCAAGCUAUAGUUGAUGAAGCAUUAAAAGUUGCAUCUGCAUUGGCUCGUGAGAGACUCAAUGGUGGUUCAAAACGCUCAUCAAGUGGAAGUGGCAAGAGUGGAAAUGCAAAAGAUGUUAUUACUCUUACUGAUGAUAAUUUUGAAAAAGAAGUUAUUGAUACAAAAGAUAUUGUUUUUGUUGAAUUCUUUGCUCCAUGGUGUGGUCAUUGUCAACGUUUAGAACCAGAGUGGGCAAAAGCUGCUACAGAACUUAAAGGAAAAGUAAAACUAGCUGCAUUGGAUGCAACACAAUACCCAAAUACAGCUGGAAGGUUUAAUGUUCAAGGUUAUCCUACCAUCAAAUACUUCCCUGCUGGGGCAAAGGAUUUUAAUUCAGCUGAAGAUUACCAAGGAGGGCGCACUGCAAGUGACAUCAUUGCUUUUGCUCUUGACUUGCAUUCUGCAAAUGUAGAUCCUCCAGAAAUUCAGCAACUUACCUCUGAUUCAGUUUUAAAAGAUAAUUGUAAUGAAAAACCACUUUGUGUUAUUUCGUUUUUACCAGAUAUUCUUGAUACUCAAGCUGCUGGAAGAAAUGCGUAUUUAGAUCUUUUACGAGAGUUAGGUGAAAAGUAUAAAAAGAAGUUAUGGGGUUGGGUAUGGACAAGUGCUGGAGUACAUCCCAAGUUAGAAAAAACACUUGAAGUAGGAGGAUUUGGAUAUCCCGCAAUGGCUGUUGUUAACAUUAAAAAGAAGAUAUUUGUUUUAUUACGAAGUGGCUUCGGUCGUGAAGGUAUUGAUGAAUUGCUAAAAGGUAUCGCUGUUGGUCGUGGUCGAACUCAGAAGUUAGAAGAUGGUUUGCCUACUCUGUCAGAUGCACCUGCUUGGGAUGGUAAAGAUGGGGAGUUGCCUGUAGAGGAAGAAGACAUAGACUUAAGUGAUGUAGUUUUAGAUGACGAACCCGAAAAGAAGACUGAGCUUUAAACUUGUUGCAUUUCUAGAGUUUUUUAAAUAUUUAUACUUAUAUUGUUUAUUUUUAUGUCUAGACAAACUUUUUACAAGAAUAAAUCAUUAGUCUCUAAA